AUGCGCCCCGAUCCGUCCUCGAACCCUCCUCGCAGAUCUGCAAGAACCUCCCGCCCCGAUAAGAUUCCUUCCCUCAGGCAAGAUGUAGCAUCCCCUCGCUCCGAGUCCCCAUCAGUCCAGGACCGCAUCCGACAAUGGCAGGCUCAAGGUGCAGCCGAGGCGAUUGCGCCAGACAAUCUCAGUGUCAGAUCUUUGCCAAUGUCUGAGUGUCCUUCCACCAUUUCCCGCGCUCCGUCCACCAGCGCAGAAAAGCCAAAGGUACGCAGAGGAAGAUCUAGAAAGGAGCCCGAAGACCAAUGUCAUCAAGUCAGGAGUCAGAGUACACCCAGAAAGCGAAUCAUAAGUGAUGGCCAUUGGAAGGCCAAAGGACAAACCAGAGAUCCUAAGGACUCUCUUUCGCCAUCGAAACCAACCAUGGGAUCAUCCGGCCUCGAUUUAACAUACACUUCGACCGGAAAAGGCGCAAAGGAACGACGGCGCUCCCGGCACCACCCUGACUCAGUCACUGCUGACAGCCAGCUGCGGUCAUCACCACACGACGAUGGUAUCCGAGGCACCCCUCUACCAGACCCUGCUACCCAGUUGGAUUCCUAUGGCCCUAUAUCACCAACCCUGGAGGAUACUGAAAGUCGGGCCGACGAAGAUCUAGCCCGCUUCUUAACGACCGAGUCAGUCUGUUCUGGUGACUUGGAAACGAGAUCCCAAUCCUCAAUUCAGCCAGAAGAAUAUGACAGCACUCCAAGGAGGAGGAGCAAAUAUGUCGAAACUCUAGGGAGACCCCCGUCUGGGCCCGAAGACGGUUCUUUCUCAAGAUCCAAGAAGGGCAAAUUCUUCGGCAAGACUAAAGAUAUCCUGUUCAUGAAAUCAGAGGGAGGUGCUGCUAGCAAUCGGGUCCCCAUCGAAGCAUGGCUUGAAGAACAGCCAGAUCCUUUUCUUGACCAAGAAGAUCGGAACGAAUUGCCACCAGUUGAGGUACCUCAGCCUUUGAAAAAGCGAUCCCAAAGACGGCGUUCUUCUAAGGAAGUACCGGUGACUAUGGAUCCCAACAAGAUUUGGGAAUCUGUCCAGCCGUCCUCUCCGCCAAUUUCUCCGCAAAGCCCCGAAUUGAGAUCCGAUCAAAGUAGACGAAGAAAAUCUUCCAACAGCACACGAGCAACGCCACCUCGGACAGCGUCUGCGAGUGCUACAAAUCAUGAUGAGGCGGAAGUUUCACCAAGUCCUUUGCGGAGACGCGGCGCCCGAGUACGGCGGCAGAGAGGCACUUCCUUGAAAGACAUUAGCUCGGAGCCGAACAUCCCAGAGCUUCUCAAUGAUAUUGAAGAGCAGCUCAGUGUCGUCUUGGAAGACCACCCUGUAACUUUACCUCAUCGACCCUGUCCGCCGACUGGAGAACACCGACUUUCUACUAUCGCAUCUGUUGAAACCAUGAGAGAAGUCCAACCCGCACUAUCCGCCAUCCACCAAGGUUCAGACAGUCAAUGCGAACUCAAACGAAAAUUGACAACUCACGAGGAUCUAUUAUCGGUGCUCUCUGUCCCUGAAAGGGGCCGGAGUCUUCGGUCUGCUAAGAGCAUCAGGACCAUCCGGCCCCAGAAAAAGUCAACAUCGGCCCACGAAGUACUAGCAGGUUUGGUAGCUGACGAACAGAAAUACACACGCGAAUUACGCACGCUAGUUGAUGGUGUCAUUCCUGUUUUACUCCAAUGUGUACUUUCCAAGACCGACUCCGCUGCUGCUGUCAGUUUGUUCAGUUCCUGUGCCACGUCUCAAGGAGACUUCAACUUUACCAGACCCAUCAUUGACAUGGGAAUCGCUCUCGAGAGAUUGAAGACUCUUCAUAAUCGCAUCCCGUUUCAAGACAUAGACAACCUUCUGAAAUGGGGUCAGUCGGCUCAAAAAGCCUACACCGACUACUUACAUGCAUGGAGAUUGGGUUUUCAUGAUGUGGUGGUCAACCUUGCACCUCUUGAAAAUGCAGACGCAUCGGAAGUUGGCUUGGCGCGUGAUGAACUUGGAGACGCGGUGACAGCUGAUGGUCAAAAGGCCGAUGUCGCAUAUCUCCUGAAACGGCCCUUGGUCCGAGUAAAAGCCUUGGGAAAGACAUUUGCACACAUUAGGGACGAAUACGAGAAACCACAGGCCCACAAAGUUGCUUCUGCAUAUGCUGAACUCACGGCACUUGCAAAACGUCGUUUCCAGGAGGAGCAAGCAAGACUAGAGGAUGAAGCCGCUGCAAGCAUUGAUCCAACGCGUGCCAGAGAUAUUAAGACCUUGGCCGCUACAACCAAUGUCGUGGUACACCAGUCCCGAAGAGUCAAAGCCAGAGACUUCUUCAGCCUCACAUUGUAUCACACCAGUGGCCAACGUGUAGACUGUGGUAUUGAGCUCAUUUUCCGAGACAAUGCACGGGGAGAUCCAGUUGGAGGUGAUGUACUGGUCUGUGAGGUUGAUGCUUCCGGGAAGUGGCUGCUCUUUGAGCCGGUGGAGCUCAGUUCCAUAUCUGCUAGGCGAGGUGAAGGAGGAUUUGAUCUUGUCGUAAUGAUACGUGGUCGUGCCAGUUUCGGAAAAGAAUGGCAUGAAUUACUGGCUCUAAAGACAGAAGAUCCGGAAGCUGUCACAGAGUGGAUGGCCAUGCUGGGUUCCAAUCCACUCCCCCCACGAUUGAAUCGCACUUCGAGCUUUAUUUCGAAGAAGCAGCCUUCAGCGACCACUCUAUCCAUUGAAGACAAGGAAAAUACUCAGAAGCAGGAGAACUCGCCAAAACUUAACCUCCCUAUUGAUCUUGACGUCCCAAUUGGCGAGCCUUCACUUCUUGGAGCCCGCACAGAUCUCAGUCGGAAGUCGGCGCCUGCAGUCAAUAAACCCCUCCCAUUCCUUAAUCUCGGCGGCGGACUGGUCGCGAAAUCGAUUGCUCGGUAUCAGAACUAUUCCCUGACAUCUCAGCAAUCUGCCCCCUCUGUGCUGUCCUCAGACCGGUCGACGUUAUCGGAUAGUUCUGGCAGAGGUACCUCAACGGUUCCAUCUUCAUCUCUGGGAUCAACUUCCACCGUGCAGUCAAGACCAGAUGUGAAGUCCCGCCCCGUUCAAUCUACCUCACCAAUUGGUAGAGGCGGGCUAGGUACAAACGGUCGUCAAAGCUCUGAACAAAAGGCCCCAUCUGCACUCAGACGUACUGACAAUGAGUCACGAGAAUGGAUGACAUCUCCCGUGCUGGAGCGCACUCGUCUGGGUGAACAUGAUGGGGACACCACCCCGACACAGAUUAAAACGAUCCCGCGGAAAGAGUUUGGGUCAGCGACUGCAUCGCCGGAGCCAGCUCUUCAGCGACCAGAGUAUAAGAGAGCACUGUCUUCCACACCAUCCAAGGAUCUCCCAACUGUUUCGAGAAUCAGAGCAUCGGCACAAUCGGCGACAGCUCAGACGUCAUCUGAGGGGCCUUUGCUAGAGGAGGAUCAAGAUCGUGGUCGGAGGACACAGAAUCCUCCAACUCGUGUCACACAAGAUCGAGGCGACAACAAUCCUGUAUCCAAGCACCACAUCGUCACAGAAGAUGUUCCCACGCCACCGCCACAUACAUCACCUCCCGCCAGGAAACCCUUGAGGUUGGGUGCAAACACGCGUUCGAAUGUCCCCGACUCCCAAUCAACGUCAAAUGGUGCCCAGAAUCGGCUGGGCAACAAGCCGACAUUGGACCUGAAGCCUAUGAACAGUCCCACAGAUAAGCAACUCAAGCGUCGCACAUCUUCACCUUUGAAGCAUGAAUAUGCUCCUUCUACAAGCUCCGAUGGGUCUUCAGAGUAUGACACGGAGAGUGUUAGUGAUUCCUCUUCUGAUACUUCGGAGGAUAUCGGUUCAGAGCAUGGUGACACUCCAACACCUCUUGUCGCCGUCUUCGCUGGUGGACGACAGAGUUCGAAAACAGGACUUCCACCAGCUUCAGUGCCAUCAACAGGAACGAGAACUCUUGCUCCGUCAGAUUCAGCUUCGCAAGGACCUUAUCGAAAAGUUCCUUCUUCUGCCACAGUACCACUGAAUAAACGAUCGAAAGCAAUUGCUUUGAUCUGUUCAUGGUCUGACCGUGGUAUGUGGGAACAAAUACACCCAGACGAAUGCUCAAUUGUCAUCUCUCCUGGUCUCAUUGAAGCAUUCGAAAUGUCAGCUGCCCACUCUGAUCCUCAAGCCAUAUCUGGACCGCCUCCAGGAAAAGACUCGGACUCGAGGACCUCAUCCACAUCCCAACAACCUUUGGUUGCAUUCGAAUUAACACCCAUUGUGCCCCUGCGCCGAGGGACAGCUUUGGAUAUCUCAAUUCGGUCUCCGCCAACUCCAAACUCGAGGAUACAGACAACAAAUAACGUCAUGUUCCGAUCGCGAAAUCUCGACGAGUGUGAGGCUCUCUAUGGCAUGAUAAAUUGGGCAAGGUGUAAUAAUCCUACUUAUAUUCAACUUCAAAUGGCACGACCAGCACGUCAACCAUCAGUCACUUUCAAUGUGGGCCAAACCGGCCACAGUAGGUCGAGGUCGAGUUCUUGGUUCAGUUUUGGUUUGCAACGGAAAUCCAGCUAUCGAGCAUCGUCGGCACCCACGCCAGCAUCCAUUGAUAUGUCGGUGGAGAGCUCCGGAAGUAUGGCAAGUGCCUUUUCUGCCCUGAAGCGCUUUACGGCAAACUCUGCCUUCAAUGUCAAUCGCUCUUCUGUCCUUCGGCGACCGGGAAGUGCAGCAGCAGCUGGGUCUCUCUAUUCAUCGAGCAGUGGGACAGCCUCAGGCUCUGGGUCAAGCACUCCUGUACCCAGUCAACUCGGCUUCGUGCCAGGUAAAGAUGGCCCUAAUGUCCCAUCAACCAGUGCUGCAGCUGCGGAUGGAGGUGGAAUGAUCAAUAUGAUGAAGAUACGAUUGUACGUCAGAAAAGGUCAGCAUUGGGAAAAUCUUGGCGCCGCACGAUUGAGUGUUCUGCCUGUACAGUCUACUACAGCCCAGAAUGGAGGCAACAGUGGAAGUGGAACUCCGACCCGAGCAGGCACCGUCACCGAUGGCUCUCCACCAGCGACUCCCGCUCACGGUCGCUCUCCUUCAAGUGUCAUGACACUUGGUCAACCCGGUCAGAGUCGAGGACCCAGACUCCCAAGCUCAAGCAACACUCCACACCGUAUCCACGGCAAUGGCCGUGAGAAGCGCCUUCUGAUCGUGAAGAACAAAGAUCGCGACUUCGUCCUCCUGGACAGUGUUCUGGGUGAAAGCUGUUUCGAGAGAAUCAUGCAGACCGGCAUUGCGGUCAAAGUGUGGAACGAGGCCGAAGCCAUUUCGCACACGGGUGGCGUCACCAUGGGACGAGAAACGCUCUACAUGAUGCAGUUCCCGGGCACCAGGGAAGCUGGCUGGGUCUUUGGUCUCUGUGGCACUUAUCGGUAUGGUGCUGGCCUGAGCAACGAAUAA